UCAAGGAAACACCAAUAUUUCAUCACUACUCAUCAAGUGUAAAGGCAUAUAUAGGAUAAAGAAAAGUAAUGUUAUUUAGGCAAUAUAUAUAGGAAGUGAUGGCAAACAGGUUGUGCAUAGUUAUUCUUUGUCUUGCUUUAGUAGUGGUUCAUGCCACAGCAGCAAGAGACAUGCCAAGUGACAAUGGUCUUUAUGACCAAAAGAAUGUUUUCGUUGGCGCUGGUGGUAUCGGUGGCAUUGGCAGCAAUGGCUUGCCUUUUGGUGGAGUUGUUAGCGGAGUAGGUGGGAAUGUUGGUGGAUUUGGUGGUGGAAUUGGUGGUGGAGCUGGAUUUGGUGGAGGAAUGGGGGGUGGUGGACUAGGAGGACUAGGUGGUAUUGGUGGCGGUGUUGGCGGUGGUGGUGCUGCAGGAAGUCUUCCACUUCCAUGAAGACAUGUUUUAUUCUUAUAUUUAUUAGUUAAGUUUGUUUCAUGCAUGUUUGAUCAUGGUUAAGUUUGCUAACUAACUAGUGUGAGAAAAGAGUGAUUUUUUUCUUCUUAUUUUUCGUUGUUGAUGUUUGGUUUUAUCCAUAUUGUAAUGUUACAUGAUUUUUCCCAUGUUCAAUGAAAUGUAAUCUUUGUGAAAAAA